GCUCCUGCUUCUGGCCAAGUUGCAAAGUCACGGAAUCUCGAGCUCGGUCCUUUCCCGUCCGGCAAGAACUUGAGGUGGCUCUUCGAACUUCAACCUCCCAGCAGACCGACCUCCAUCUCCAUCACCUCUCCACUCCCAUCAAUUCCUUCCCGAGACCCGUCAAAAUGCUCAGCAGGUACGCUCCAAGCUGUCGCCACCAACUUUUGCGACGACAUCCCGGCUGACUCGACUGCGCUCCCCAGCGGCAUUGCCAGGUCAUUGAGGGCUUCUGCCCGUCGCCCUGCUACUCUGCAGCGCGCCUUCCAGCCCAUCAAGCCUUCGUUCGCUCCCGCCUUGAGCCAGCGCUUCGCCAGCUCCGCCUCCAACACCGAUGGCAGAAUCCACCAGGUCAUUGGUGCCGUCGUCGACGUCAAGUUCGACGGUGAGCAGCUGCCUGCCAUUCUCAACGCCGUCACCACCGAGAACGGUGGCCAGAAGCUCGUUCUCGAGGUCGCCGUAAGCUUCGCCGCACUGCCUCCCUACAACAUGCAUCAUCUAACAAGCUCUAGNCAACAUUUGGGUGAGAACGUCGUCCGCUGCAUUGCCAUGGACGGUACCGAGGGUCUCGUCCGUGGCCGCAAGGUCGUCGACACUGGUGCCCCCAUCAAGAUUCCCGUCGGUCCCGGCUGUCUCGGUCGCAUCAUGAACGUCACUGGUGACCCCAUUGACGAGCGUGGUCCCAUCAAGGCCACCAAGCUCGCCCCCAUCCACGCCGAAGCCCCCGAGUUCAUUGACCAGUCCACCUCUGCCGAGAUUCUUGUCACCGGUAUCAAGGUUGUCGACCUCCUCGCCCCCUACGCCCGUGGUGGUAAGAUUGGUCUUUUCGGUGGUGCCGGUGUCGGCAAGACUGUCUUCAUUCAGGAGCUCAUUGUGCGUUUCCCCAUCUCUAUCCCCUACUCUGCAGUUGCUGAUACUCGCCACAGNAACAACAUCGCCAAGGCUCACGGUGGUUACUCCGUCUUCACUGGUGUCGGUGAGCGUACUCGUGAGGGUAACGAUUUGUACCACGAAAUGCAGGAGACUGGUGUCAUUCAGCUCGACGGCGAGUCCAAGGUCGCUCUCGUCUUCGGUCAGAUGAACGAGCCCCCAGGUGCCCGUGCCCGUGUCGCCCUUACUGGUCUUACCGUCGCCGAGUACUUCCGUGACGAGGAGGGUCAGGAUGUUUGCCUGAAUUGUCAAUUGAUGGCCGGUUCCGAGGUGUCUGCCCUUCUUGGUCGUAUUCCCUCUGCCGUCGGUUACCAGCCCACCCUCGCCGUCGACAUGGGUGGUAUGCAAGAGCGUAUUACCACCACCCAGAAGGGUUCCAUUACCUCGGUCCAGGCUGUCUACGUCCCCGCUGAUGAUUUGACUGAUCCUGCUCCCGCCACCACCUUCGCCCAUUUGGACGCCACCACUGUCUUGUCCCGUGGUAUUUCCGAGUUGGGUAUCUACCCCGCUGUCGACCCUCUGGAUUCCAAGUCUCGUAUGCUCGACCCCCGUAUCGUCGGUCAGGAGCACUACGACACCGCCUCCAAGGUCCAGCAGAUGCUCCAGGAGUACAAGUCGCUCCAGGACAUCAUCGCCAUUCUUGGUAUGGACGAGUUGUCUGAGGCUGACAAGCUGACCGUCGAGCGUGCCCGUAAGCUCCAGCGUUUCCUGUCGCAACCCUUCACCGUUGCCCAGGUCUUCACUGGUAUUGAGGGUAAGCUCGUCGACCUUAAGGACACCAUCAAGUCCUUCAAGGCCAUCAUGGCCGGUGAGGCCGAUGACCUCCCCGAGGGUGCUUUCUACAUGGUCGGUGAUCUCGACUCAGCACGCGCCAAGGGAGAGAAGAUUCUUGCCGAGCUUGAGGGCAAA